AUGGUGUUCCGGAAGUAUAGACCUGCCAAACAAUGGGGAAAAGUCGACACAAGGGUGUUCAAGGCAAUUUUGAAGGCACGCAACAACAGGAAAUCUUGUCAUUUCGUUAUACCAGAAGCUGUGAAAGCUGCUGGAGUCACCGUGUACGAUCCAAAUGAUCCUUCAUUUAUGACGCCAAUUAUUGGAACUGGAAAACCUUUGCCAGACCUGCGUGUUGAUCAUCCGGCCUUUCGAGUACCAUCGGUUGAGGAACAUCCACUUUAUCAUGAAACUCGAUGUUUUCUUUUUGAUGGGAGCACGCCAAUGAGUGAUGGUAUCGAUCAAGCGGCAGUGCUCAGCAAGGCAAUAGUGAGAGAAGGAUUACCAGAAUCAGUGAUUCAUAAUGCGUCUCACGUGGACAUCUCUGAAGAGCAGGUCCGUGAUGCGAUUCUUCAUGGCGAAAAGUAUGAUCCGACUUUAGAAAAACUGCCGCGUAGAUUUGAUCCUGUACUUUUUUGGAUACCACAUCCUAGAGUAUACGGAACACCAGUCACAAAGCGGCUAAAUAUCAUACUCGAUAACCUCUCUCGCGCUAUUCUUUUUUCUGAAAUCAGAAGCGGAAACAGUUCUGAUCACAUACGACUCGACAGAGAUGAGCCAAUCAGUGCCACAUUACCAAAUGUUGGAUCAUUCGCUCCAAAUCCAUUAGUUCUGCGCUUUCAACCUCACAUUACACUACAGGGAUCUAAGCCAAUCACCCCAUGGGCUACAGCAGAUGAAGUCGAAGAGGCAAGCCAACUACAAAUACCAAACAUUGCUCCUUUGUCUCCACUGAUCGAUUUGGGAUCGGAUCAUAUCUACAACGAUAAAGCUGUGGUUGCCCGACCCAAUACUGCCUUAGCGCUACACGCAAUACUGUGGUCGCGAGAACAGAAUCAGAAGUACCCAUGGACAAAGGAGCAAAAUGCUGCUAAUGCUGUGCUUCAUACAUUUGGAGCAGCAGUGGCCGAAGCUACUCGAGGGGGCACGCCGAGAGAUCUGAAGAAAGACCCAGUGGUCGUCAAAGGUGUUCAAGUUGUGAAUGGCAAGGUUGAUCUUAUCAGUUUCCAGUUGAAUACGUUGAAUUUGAGCUCCGAAGAUCCUACUAAAAAUAUAGUCUGGGUAGAAAAAGCCUGCCCACUUUACAAACCGAAGCCAUUUUACGAGCAGCUAACGGAAGUAACUCAUGUGAACAUGGACACGUGGAGGAAAUUUGUAGCUCUGUUAUGGAAUAAGUGA